AUGCUCUUUUCCGUUCCCACCUCCCCUCGUCGAUCUUCUCGGUCCGAACCAAUCAAAGAGUCCGUGUCCCAUUCUUCUUCCUCUUCGUUAUCUUCGGCGUUUCCAUUUCUGUGGCGCGUGACUGAGGACGAGGACGAUCUGGGCAAGGCCGAGGCAUUUCUAAAGGCGUUUGACGCGGAGCGGCGGCGCGCGCCGUCCUCCCCUUCGAUUUUGCGAGCGCUGCAUGCGUCCCGGUUGCUGGUGCCUGCGUACUGGCUCGGCUGCCUCCGCUUCCUGGAAGUCCUCCUCGCCGCCUUCCUCCCCCUUCUCCUGAAAAGUUUAGUCGCUUCCGUGGAGGCGCCUCUUCCGGCGCCCUCGCCUGCGACCGGCGCUGCCCCGCCAUCGUGCCCGACCUCUGCGGUUGCAUUCCCGUUCGUCUCUACGCACGCAGCGGCUGCCUGCGCAGCAGCCGCGACGGGGGCGAGUUCACCCCUUGGCUCCUGGCACGCGUCUGCGUUGGGCGCGGCUUUCUAUCACCCGGCUGCCGCGCAUCCGUCCUUCGACCCCGGCGUGGCGGCGUGGGCGUCUGCCGCCUCCUAUCCGUCGCUGUUCUCCUUCUUCCUCGCGCCCUUCGCUGCCUUCUCUCCUUCCGCGGCGACCGAGCCGCCAGAGACGCCGGCUUCUGCGCCGUUCCUGAGUGCAGGCGACCGCUCGCUCGAGACGCGCGUGCAGCAGAUCCUGCUCCUGGCGCUCAGCAUGGUCCUCUGCAGCCUCGUCCACGUGGCCAUUGGCGUGUACGUGGGUCACCGCAUGCGGCGCGUGGCGGUGGAAGUCAAGGUCGCCCUCCUGGCUGCGGCCUUCCAGGUGAUGGUCGAGCCGGAUCGACGCGCCGCCGAGGCGAAGUCCAGCGGAACAAAGUUCAAAGCGCUUCUGCCCCUCCACGCGUGGGGACGAGGCGCCGCUUCCCAGGGUUCGGACGAGCAAGAAGGACAUGGAGGGACAGCGAGAAAUGCACCCAGGCUGCCGGUUGAAACCCGCGACUGCUGUGCAUAUCCGAGGAAGGGUCGGGGUGCGCCGGCUUCAACAGACGGCGACGAAGCGCACAGAGCGUCUCAGGGCGACGCACAGCCGAGGCGAGGCGAGACAGGCGCGGAGGCAGCGCCAGAGUGGAGCCGGCAAGGCGGGCGCACCCGCUGGGAGGAGUCAAACGAGCGGGCGCGGACGGCCGGAGGACGGGUGCCUGGACAAGGCCGGUAUGGAGGAGACACCAGAGGGGAACCGACGGACGCGCGGCAGAUGAGCACAGGCAGGACAGGCCCCAUACCAGAGGAGGAGGCGGCUGGGGCAGUGCGUGCCGACAUGCACUGGCAAACGACACACGCUCGCGAGCGAGACGCGUCACAAGACGAGACAGAAGGGUGGACAGCCACGCGUUCAGCCAGGGUGGCGAGAGAACCCUGCGGAGAUCACGGAUCGGUGGGCGCCCGGGCGAGCGACGGUGAGGAGACGCCGCAAGGCCCUCACAGGCGAGACGCACUCGAGCGGGUCUCCACUGGAACUGGAAUAUUUGUCCAAUCUGGUCGUCAGGCUGGCGGUAACCUCUCGUCGGUCGGCGUGGCUGCGGCCUUCUCUUCCUCGUCUUCCUCCGCCUCGGCAUCUUUACGUUCCUCUUCGGCAUCGUUCCUACGCGUGUUUGGCAGAAGCGCCAGCCGACUGCCUGGUGAUUGCGAGUCGCCGUCUCGAGGCGACGCCCUUGCUUGUGUGUCAAAAGCUGGCCCCGACCCGCCGACGCCUUCGCCUGGCCACUGUCCCGACGCUUGCUCGUCUCCACGAACGGCCCUCGUCGCGGCUCCUCCGGCGGAAUUGCCGAGCUCGCUGCAUGCGCCCGCAGACCGCCACGCCAGCUUGCCGCCGCUGUCCCUCCCAGCGCGUGUGAGGGGCGCGAUCGAGAACGCGGCCUCGGAAGCACUCAAGCGAACGGUAAGUGUCAUGGAGGGACUCAACACGACGGCACUGGACGUCGCGAAUUCAGCUGUGGCGACAGCAGCCGCCACCGCGCAGUUCGUGCGCGGCGGCCGAACCCGGCGCAGGCGCGGCAGGCGCGAGGAGAGGCAAGGCCUCCAGCCCGAGCGGCGCGACGGACGGCCCGCGAGGCGAGACGCGCACGAGCAGGCAGGGACUGGCGAAGGCGACAGCAGUUUCGGAGACAUGUCUGGAGUCGAAAGCGAGUUGGCAAGCAGCCGAGACGAGAACGGGAACUUGUCAGAUACGUCGGCCAGCUGGGACGAGGACAUGGAGGCUCGCGGCGAGUCGGACGCCUCAGCCUGUUCGGAUCCCUCCACACCCGCGAGGAAGCACACGCGCCGGUUAGGUGAAUCUUGUCGUUCCUCCCCGUCUGCGUCUGAAGCCUCGCACCCUUCUUUUUCGCCUUGCCCGGCCGCUGGGGCGCGCCUGCAGGAGCACGGCUUGGCUUCUGCGAGCAGCCCCCAGGUGGGCCACAGGCCUCGCCUCGGGAGAAAAGGGACCGAGCGCAGACGGAGCAGCGGCGACCUCUCCGCAGUGGCGGCGGCCGCCGCUGCGGCGACACUCGCCGUUUUCCGUGCGCCUCUGCCGGGGUCAUCUGCGGCCGGUGAGGGGGACGGACGAGAGGUCCGCCACGCGAGAGAGGCUGGGGCGUCCUUGAAGCGUCAGGCGAGUGGAGACGGUAGCCAGGCGUGCAUGCGAUGUGGGCAAGCGUGCGGCGCACGUGACGAUGCCGGAAUCUGGCAGAGCGGUGUGGACGAGCAGGACCGGGGCGUGGACCAGGCGGGGCGUGGCGGUGGAGACUUUGCACGUCGCGGCGGCGCCUGGGCGAGGCCGCGACGGGGCGAAGGGGAGCCUGGCCAGCUGCGCGCGGGUGGCGAGGGCGGUGGACAGCCCGGGAGCUGCGGGGCCUCCUUGACGUCAAACUGCCCGGCUGUAUGUACACCCGGAGAGCUGCCAGUGCGAUCGGAGGAACCGGUCGCCAGAGAGUCGAGUUGGGCCGCGAACGGCCCCGCGGGAAAGGCGUCUCCGUUUCCUGAGUUGUCCUUUGCUUGCUCGCUUCGGCGUUGCUCGUCGGCCCCAGCGUUGCCGCAUUUUCUCUGCGAUCUGUCCUCUUUCUCCUCGCCGCAGCAGUCGCCGCCUCGCGACGCAAGCGCACGCGCCUUCGAGGUCCCGUCAAAAGCCUCGCGAUGGUUAUCUGGGGCCUCGUUCCGAAACGCAAACCGGCGCGCAGCGGCCGACGGGAGCGGGGGGGAGCUACGGCGUGAAGGCGGCGAUUUUCUCAAGCAGGGACGGCAAAAGAGAGAACGGGGGCCGCGAUCCGGCGCGGUGCCAGUCGAACUCACCACGCUGCUGAGUGUAGACGGCGAACGCAUCCAGGGGGGUGUAUGUACACUGCACGAAGCCUGGGCGACGCCCCUCACCCUGGUCAUGACGCUCUCGCUGAUCUAUGUCCAGAUCCCGAAGGCUUUCCUUCCCGGACUCAUUGUAUUUGCAAUUUGCCUCCUCUUGCAAGUUCUUCUGACUCGCCGCCUCCGCCACCUGACGCGACGCUUGAUGGUCUGCCGGGACGCGCGUCUCCACGCAUGCAGAGAGUUUUUUGCGCAGUUUCGCCACGUGAAACUCCUCUGUCUCGAGCGAUUUGCCUACCGCCGUCUCCGAGCGCUCCGUCAGCAUGAAUUACAAAGACUCAAUUAUUUCUUUAUUUGCACGCCCCUGGUUGUGAAGGUCGUGGUGCUAUUCUCGCUGGUUCUCUCUCACCAAAAGCUGACGGCCGCCUCGAACAUCUUUGCCUCGCUGGCGCUCAUCGACCGCGCCCUGAAUGCACUGAACUCCCUGCCUCUGCUCCUCUCCGAAUUCACCGCUGCGGCGGUCUCCUUCACGCGCUUCUCAGUCUUCCUGACUAACCACUGGAAAGAAGAACCCGUCGGCGCGCCGCCCGCUGGCCCGACUCAGAGCGCCGCCAAGUGGAAUGAGAAGCUGCGCGAAGAGACGCGCCUCCCGCGCGGCCGAGACAAAGCCGGGGCCGAGAGCGACGGGGGCGACGGCAGCGUGGCCGACGCGCCGUCUCCCCCGUUGAGUGCGGGCGGCGCUCAGGCGAGGAGACCGACGGCGGAUCAGCCGGUCCUGGAGACAGCGACAGCGGUCGGGAGACUUCUGGCCUCGGCGGCGCAGCCUCGCGGGGUGCGGGCUGACAACGAGCCGCCCGGUGAGCGUUUCCAUUCGAUUUCACGUGCUGACACCAGACCGCCAGGAGCUGGAAAAAGACGCACGACGCAGAGCCACGCUUUACACGCCCGUUGCCCGGUGUUGACGGGGGACAUGAGCCAGCCAGAAACCGCUCAGGAUGGCGCCGGGUCGUCCGUUUCUUCCAUUUCUUCCCCGGCGCCUCAAAAGAGCCCAGACGGCCUCACGGUGGACGCAGCCGCGGAAGCCGCCGCGGCCAAAGCGCGAAGUGUCUCGCCUUCGUUCGCCUCGAUCCAGAGUGUCUCGACCACGUGUCGUGACCGAAACGCGUGGCCGCCGGGGACACUGGAAAGCGCAGGAGCGAGACGGGAAGCUGUGCUUAUGCUCUCGCGCUGCUACUUCUCGUGGCAUUCGCUGACGCCCUCGGAACUGGCUGCGUUUGCGAAAUCCUUCCUCUCAACCUCUCGCUCGUCUCUGAGCGCGUCGAGCUCGUGCGCCGCCUCUUCCUUCUCUGCGUCUUCCUCGGCCGGCUCUGCGUUCGUGGCUGCCUCGCCACCUCCGUCGGCAGGCGCCCUCGUCAGCAGCAGCAAAGUGGUCCUCAAAAACAUUAAUUUUUCUGUGCAUGCGGGCGAGCUCACGGUGAUUGUCGGCCCGUCGGGAGGCGGGAAGAGCAGCCUGCUUUGUGCGCUGGUGAGCGAAUUGGUUCUCCUCCACGGCUCGGUGGCGGUCGCCGGGGACAAGCCAGAGGGGCGCGAAGCCAAGAGGGCAAGAGCCGCCCUCUCCUCGGAGACACUCGAAGCGAAGGAGACAAACGCGCGUCUUGCAGAGGCAACGGGGCCGUGCAGAAGCCUGCACGCGGAUCCGCGCGCACGCCAGGCACCGCCUAGAGAUGGUGAAGAAGCUUGGGCACUUCACACGCACGCCCGGAACGGCAACGACAGUGAAGAUGAAGGUGAAGAAGAGGAAGGUGAACACGAUGAAGAUGAAGAAGAGGCUUCGCCUGUGGGAUACGCGGCACAACAACCGUGGUUGUUUCGGGGGACAGUUCGGGAAAACAUUCUUUUCGGGCGCCCGUUCGACGCAGACGCGUACCAUAAAGUACUUACCGCAUGCGCCCUCCACAGCGACUUGGAGAAACUCGCUUGCAAGGACAUGACCGAUCUCGACAGCGGCGGGCAAUGUCUGAGUGGCGGACAACGCGCACGCGUCGGCCUCGCCCGCGCCAUCUACGGCGCUUCUCUCGCAGCCUCUUCAUCGUCACCACGUUCUUCGUCCUCGGCUUCUUCCUCACCUUCUUCCGCAUCUUCGUCCUCUGCAUCUUUCUCCUUUUCUGUCUCCGCUCCGUGCGCGUCCAUGUCUUCGUGUCCCUCUUCUACCCCGCAGCGGCGAUCGGCCCUGCUCAGCGCCGCAGGCGAGGCUUGUGGCGGCUGUGGGAAGUCCCCAAAGGGCGAGACAUCGCCUGCAUGCAGGCGGCCUGAGGGCGAAGCGGCCCGCCGCAAAGAAGGUGGGAACGCGCCCCGCCUGUUCCUCAUCGACGAUCCAUUCAGCUGCCUCGAUGCAGUGACCGCGACGUGGAUUUGGCGACAUGUCUUUGCAGAAGGAGGCAUCUUGUGUGGGCACACCGUCGUUCUGGUAACGCAUGCAGCGUUUCUCAGCACUCUUCGUGACCCGCCGAUUGCCUCGUUGUGGUACAUGGAAGGCGGCCACCUCACGCCGGUCGCCAGUUCCUGUUUGACCGCGGCGCCUCUCCCGUCUUCGCUCGGUUUUUCUCACCUCCCGCUCGCGCCGAAAAGCUCGCAACGUGGCGCCCGCUCUGCCGGAUCGACGUCGCCCACGGCCUCUCCGCCGGCGUCUCCGCACGAAGCGAAACUCCCGCUUCUGCCGACUUCGGACACAGUCGGCUUACAUGCGAAGCCAGUCGCGAAAGGCACCCACCUGGCUUCGGGUGAUGUGUCUCUUCCCGAAGCGCGCGGCGGAGAUGUCCAGCGACACUCCGGCGACACAUCCUCUGAGGUCAAGGCCGUUUUUAAGUCGAGUGAAGGUGCGGAAAUCCCGGCAUCUAGCCCCGAGGGUGGUCUUCGUCCUCUCGCGCCGGUGUGCCUGGGAUGGCGAGGGCCGUCUGCCUCCGCUUCGCCAGCGGUGUCGUCCCCUGGUCAAAACAUGGGGCAUCGCAGCGCGAAAGAACCAGACCGAGGCGGGCCAGGAGACGCAUGUCCAGAGCGCCCAUCACUGCUCCCGUCGGCGCCUCCAGGCGAACCUUCGACGUCUGCCUCCGGCCUCACUGGGCAGUUUGGCGAGGAGCUCACGAGCGCCAGUGAAGCGCGCAGCAGUUCCUACGGAAGCCUCGUGGGGUGCGCCGUUUCGCGCGGCUCUUUCAGGUCGGUGGGGCGGUCAGGGGGGCAGUUUGUCUCUUCAGGCGACGGGGGUGAGGGCCCGCGGGCCAGCCGAGAAUGCGAGGGCCAAAUGGGAGGACACCCUGCGAGACUGUUUCCGGUUUCCGGGUUUACAGGAACGGGGGCGGAGGGAGCUCGAAGCGACUCCUGUGCGGUCUGCAGCCGGGGCGAGGAGGCGCGGAACACGCACGAGGAUCCGAGGGAGAAAAGCGGGAGCGGAGCGAGGUUCGCUGUGAGAACGGGGGGUGCAAGGUCAGGUGUCUAUACACCUCUGCAGGGCGAAGAGAGCGGAGGCGCGCAGCCGUCAUCUCCGGCGUUGCUUCAGAAGGGACCGUCAUCGGCGUCCCGAUAUCUCGUGGUUGGAGGCAUUGCGACGAAAGCCAGGGAGGAGGCCAGGGACAGGCGAAGCGCAAGGGAAAAGGAAAAGGCCCGAGAAGGCGGUGCCUUCGACAGGGCCCUCUGGGGCGUUUACAUCCGCGCCGCAGGAGACCGGCGAGUCGCCGGCGUCCUCGUGGCGUGCAUGCUCCAUGCGUACGGCAGUGCUUUCUGCGACUACUGGGUGAAGUGCUGGACGACGAAUCGGCUGCCGUUCCUCGUGCCUCUCCCCUGGAUUGCGUUCUUUGCUUCUUUGUUUUCGUCGCCUCCCUCACUCGUCGAGGCGAGCAACUCCAUCGUCGCGUUGCUGCGCUCAGCCCUUCCCGCAGUCCCCUCGCCCUUUGUGUUUUCCGCCUCGCGUUUUGUGGGCGGCCCCGAAGCUGAACAAGCCCCUGCCGUCUCGCUCGAAGUCGAGCAAAGAUGGAAAGACACCAGUUUCCUCUUUGUCUACCUGCUGGUCGCAUGCAUCUCCAUUCUCCUCUGCGUCUCCACGACCUUCGGAUACGUCCGCUGUGGCCUCUCCGCCGCCAGCGCCCUCCACGAGCGCAUGCUGGCUUCUCUCCUCAGAUCGGGGAGUUCCUGGGUGGAGCGCACUCCCUUAGGGCGUAUCCUGAGCCGGUGCAGCGACGACAUCUUCAGCGUCGACGAACAAAUUCCUUCUGCUCUCCAUCUCUUCACCGUCAUUGGAGUUACGCUGUCGGCCAAGCUCCUGAUGUUAGCGGCCAACGCGCCGCUCCUGCUCGUCGUCCUCCUUCCUGUGGGCGUCUUCUUUUGGCGCACGUCUGCGCACUUCCGGUCCUCGGCCAGAGACUUGAAGCGCCUGGAAAUGCUAACGAGGUCGCCCCUGCAUGAGCGGCUCACCGAGGCAUCAACUGGCGGAGCGACAAUUCGCGCGUUCGGGGCGCAAAAGCGGUUCUAUGAAGCGUACGUGGAGAAGCUCGGCGCGCACCGGCGCACAGUGCAGCGCAACCAGCUGGUGCAUGCGUGGCUGUCCCUGCGCCUGCAGGGCUCCGGCGCCCUCGCCCAAGGCGCGUUUCUCUUCAUCGUCGUCUUCCCAGUCUUCCUCGUCCCACAGCGCCUGCGCACGAUGCAAGGCGAACUCGCUGCUGUCUUGGCGCUCGGCCUCUACACCACGAUGCCGCUGGUCCGCCUCCUAACUGCCCUCAUCACCUCUGCGAUUCGCGCCGACAUGCAAAUGGUGGCCGUCGAACGUCUGACCGAAUACGCAAACAUUCCUCCUGAAGACGACUCGUACGACCCUCUGUACUGCCGACCUGUCGCCACCGCCCUGGCCGACGCCGCGAGUGUCGCAGCGGCGUCGUCGCGUCCUGUUUCGGCGCUUCGCGCGCCUGUGUCUCUCGCCAGUUCCAAGCCGGCGCUGACUUCAGCCGCCCAGCCGAGAUCAGAGGCAUCUUCCCCUGCUGCGCCUCAGGCGACGCCGGAGCGAGCGACUUCUUCCUCAUCGUCCUCUGCAUGCGGCGCCAAGCCCGCAGCCUCGGACCGCUCUGCGUCUGCAGUGUGCGCCACACCGAAGCAUUCGGCGUUUCCCCUGUUCCUUCCCUUCCUGACUCGCGAGGCUUCUUGCCCAAAUCUCGUCUCUCUUGGAAAAAAGAAACCCUCGGCAACAAUCCCUUCUCCCUCGCCACAUACGCCUCUCCCUUCCUCAUCUUCCGCUUCGUCCUCGUCUUGCUCUUCUCUCUUUUCGUCUCUCCCUUCUUCUCUCUCUUCUUCCUCUUCUGCUGUCUCUUCGUCCGGCCUCGCGCCGCCUGCAUCGCCUCUCUCCCCAGCGAUCUGCGACGCUCCUGCAUCGGCCUCUCUCUCUCCCUCGUCUGCUGACUGCGCCACGCUCGGCUGCGCCGAUGCCGGUGAAAAGGCGACAGAUGCCGGCAGCCUCGCGGAAGGAACCUGUGCAACCCAGUGCGGGAAACGUCUGUCUGCGAAGGCCGCCGACACGCAGGCCUUGCCCGGCGAGGGACGAAGCGCAGUGCCGACUUGCGCGCCUCCUGAAAAGCAGAGAAGCAAAACCUUUCGCAAGGCGCUUCGAUUCGACGUCGGGCUACCCGCGGCUCCUGCGAUCGCCUGGCCGACAGCCGGUCGCAUCGACUUUGACGACGUUUGCGUCGAGUACGGGCCGGGGCUUGCACCCGCUUUGAGCCACGCCAGCUUCACGAUUUACCCAGGGGAGACGGUCGCCAUGGUUGGCCGGACCGGUGCGGGGAAAUCCUCGGUUUUGUUGGCUCUGGCAAGAAUGGUGAAUUACACAGGCUCCAUCAAGAUCGACGGCAUCGACACGCGCCGCAUGCCGCGACACAUUCUGCGUUCGCGUCUCGCCCUCGUGCCGCAAAAUCCCGUCCUCUUUUCUGGCUCUCUCCGCAGCAACUUGGACGCCGAGCGCCUCCGCACAAACGAACAAAUCUUCAAAAUCCUCGACCUCUGCAAACUCGGGAAUGUCGUUCGGGCCCUCCCCGAUGGCUUAGAUACGCGGCUAUCUGCCCGCGCCGAAUGUGCGGACGUCGAAUUUCGGAUCAAACGAUCUCGGCGGCAUGCGACGGGUCCCCGCCACCAGCGCCGGAGUAUGAGCUUGCAGUCGCCCCCAUCUUCCGCGUCUUCGGAUACAGGCCACGCAGGCGCCUCAACGGGUGCGUGUGCGGCUGCGUGCUCUUCGCCUGUUUUCCCUGAUGCCGUAGAAAAGCUGCGAGAAGGCCGCGAGGCUGGAAGAAACACCAGAGAAUACGAGCGCAACGUCCUGCCAGGAAGCAUCCGGCUGUCGCCUGGCCAGCAGCAGCUCCUCUGUUUUUGCCGGGCUCUCCUCCGAGGCGCGCCGAUCAUGUGUUUGGAUGAAGUGAAUUGUCGAUUCGACGCAGGCGUCGAGGAAGACAUCAUCUCGAGUGCGUUGCGCACGAAACUAAGGCCGUGCACGGUGCUAAUGAUCAGCCACACACUUGAGCAGCUGCGCUCGCUCUGCGACCGGGUGAUUGCCUUCUACUCCUCGCGCGUUGUCGAAAUCGGCUCGCCUGAGGCUCUCCUCGACAACCCUAACUCGUACUUUUCCAAGCUUUACCACGCAGGCACCACGGAGGGCGCGCACGGGGUUUGA